AUGAAGAACAAAAAUAAUGGACCUCAACAUCGGGCAAAGCCGUACUCGAACCCUCCUAAGCAAUAUGGUAACCGCCCCAACAAUCAGAGGACUGCUACAAUGGGGUUUACGGGGGGUAGUGGUAGCAAGCCCAAUACUUUCCCCACUCAAAUCACUUGCUACAGAUGUAGAAAGCCAGGGCACAUCUCCUCAAAUUGUCCAGAUAAAGAUAUAAUCUAUUUUAAUUGUAGAAAAAGGGGGCAUAUUCAGAGAGAUUGUCCACAUCCCAAAAAGGAGCAGAAUGGUGGAGGUCUGAAUGACCAAGCUGGACAUCCGAAGGCCACGGGAAGAGUCUUUACCCUUAAUGGUACUGAAGCUUCGAAAUCCAAGGAUCUGAUCUAA